GACAGCCGCGCGAUGGUAAUCUAAACUGAACAUAACGCACAACGCGAAUCGAGAUAACCAAUCAGCGUCACGGAGAAAAGGCCUCAACUAUUGGAUAAAAAAGAACUUCACGAAGUUAACACGCCUCCUUUAGAAUAGGAAAAGGAAAUUGUAGAAUCAUUCAGAAGGCAUUAAUUUCUCAAGAUUUCUAAUAUGUUUUAUAUAGGUAUACUAUAUAAAGACGUACAUAUGUAUGUGCGCACGUGCUUCGUUGAUAAUAUAUUUGUUUAGGAAACUUCCUUGUCGCCAUUGCCGCAGCAUUUGGAGAACUGAAGCAGGUUCCUUACAAACUUUCUUAAACGAAACUUUGGUCUUCCGAAGCUUUGUGACUCCGUGAAGAUUUCUGCGCGUCAUUUAAUGUCUCUCGCAGUUUGUGCGAGGCAAGGAAAAGGACGUAUUAAUUUACCGUAGUGUUGGAAAAAUGAAGUAAUGUAGAUUGUUUUUUAACCACGAUCUUUUUUUACGCAUCAUUUUUCAGAGAAUGCUUUUGACACUUUUAUGAGUGAGAUAAAUCAUUUAUGAUUUUGCGUGCGUGUAAGUACACUAUGAUCAGCUCGCGAAGCGCCCCCGCCAAUAACGGCAAAUUUAAUUGUCAAUCCAUCAAAUGUGAGCGCAAUUUCUUGGCUGCUUUGCGGCGUUCAAUAACGAAGUCGUCAGAAUUUCCUCCCGCUCGGUACAAUCGUGCAUCUCAUCAAUCUCCCCCGACAUUAUUCCAAAAAGGAAUUGCGCGUCUAAAGUAUUACACGAUAUCUUUCGCGAUCGAUAAACAUUUCGUCUUUCUGCUCGCUGCUCGUGUACAUUAAGGAACGAUGAGACCGUCAGGAGAAAUUUUACUAUUUUGGUAGGACCUAUCGCGGCUUUUGCCGGCUCUGGCACUUCCGUCUACGAAGAUCUCAGUUAAGAGAGAGAACCUACUUACUUAAUGUAGUAGAGAGAUCCCGGUUAUACGUGAUUCUGUUUCGUUUCAGUCUCCCUCAGCUCUCUCUGCUUUCUCUCACCCAAGCAUUCACUCGUCUCUUCUCGCUGCUUCUUGUUUUACUCUUCUGCUUCGGCUCUCGUCCGAUCUCGCCUGCUUCGGUCUCGUUCUUGCCUCGUCUCCGUUGCAGUCGAGUUAUCAGCAACUUUCCACUUUAACUAACAACAAUUCAGUAAGCAAACAAUUAAGCCUCGGCUCGCGGAAACUUCAUGUGCUGUCAGGGCUACGUUUGUCGGGUCGUGGCAGUAUUACAGAAAGCUGCUACACGAAAUUAAAGUAUUAACGAGGCACGCCGCUCCCCGUGGAGCCCGUUUCAGGCAGGAUACUACUCCAGCUAGUGCAACAACAAGUUUCGUGGCUCCGAACGUCGUCUAGAAUGUAUCCUUUAGCCGACUUGAAUUCUUCAUGACGUCCGAUGGCGUUGUAGAUCCCAGGGAGCCAGCAGUAAAGCUGUCUAGCAGCGCGCGGUUUAUCUGCAUUUCGAACUUGAUAACGGUCUAUCGAAAUUUUUGAUGUGACCCAGCCGACUUGCGGCAAGUCAGCAAUAUAAAUUAUAGAAAAAUUUAUUAGAUAUAAUUUGAUAUAUUAGAUAAUUUUAUAUGUUAGAUAAUAAUAAUACAUAUAAUAUGGAAACAAAGAUAUGACCAGCCCGUAAGUUGUAUCGCGUGAGAAUCAUUGAUAUCUAUAAUGAACUCCUUUGCUCGUAAUGCGAGAGUAAACUCGCAGGUCUGAAUAAUUUAACUCAUGAAAGAUGAUUUUGAGCGUGUGCACGUACACACGGAGAGCCGAGCAUUACUGCAUAAUCGAUGCCGCAGUUACAGACGUUAGUGACGUACGAGUGUUAUGGUAUUAGCGCCGAGUGCGGCCAUUGGUUAUGGAUCAAUUGCAUUCGGGAAGGUCCAAUCGCGGCGGUUACGGGCCCUGAGCGGAAACUGCACAAUCCUGCAAUGAUGCAUCGGAACGCCGGUAAUUCCCGCGAUGCGCCAUCCGCCCCAUUCCGCUCCGCAUACUGACUAAAGUGUUCGGUCUGCAAGUCUGCUGGCUCUCGUCCGAUCCGCUUGUUUCUGGAUCGAUCAUUUCUAACGUCGCGGCGCCCACACGUGCGCCAGCCUACGUCUAAUAGUGGUGCAUAUCACGCAUAACCCACCCGCGGGGUCGUUCCAUUUAAUACGCCGGUUCUCGAAACUUCCGUAAUGUUGUGCUGCAAGCUCCGGAGGCAUCACCGUCCGCCCGCCCGCGAUAGCUUAUGCACGUAAUCUAUUCAUGGGAGAAGUCGAAGAAGAGCAUCGCCCAGUAGUUUACCCAGUUGCUGUGACAGUCAUUAAUCAUCCUCUCGCAAAUUACACUCAUUCGUUGUUUGCAGCGAUGCAAGGACUAAGAGUCGAGAAGGAUGAAGAGAGUCGUCACGUUAUAUCCCGUCAAGGCAUCCCUAUGUGCGCAAGAGAAGAUUAGACUUCCGUCGAUUCGAAUAUUUAUCGUGUGACCGGUACGCGAAGUAAUGGAAUAACGUAUUGAAUCGCGUUGUACCGUGGAAGCACCGCUUGGAAUUGCGUUUCUUCUAAUUGUUUUAUGCACGCGGCGCCACAGUGAGGGUUAUAUUCUUCCUCUGCGAUGAAAGCGGCUCUUGAGAUUAUGACAAACGUCGAGAAAAGUGGCCGCGCGGUAAUUGAAAGUUAACGCGAAUUUUCGAGGAACAAGACGUCACGAAUUUGUAAUCAUCGUCUCGUUUCGACAAAUUGUCAAAGAACACCAAUUUACGUGGUUUCCAACCACGUUUCAUGGUUUUUCCCCAUCUUUAUCACGUUGAGAAGAAAUUACACGAUUGCACACUCGAUCUUUGUCUUGUUGGCAACACAGCUUGUCCGAGGAACGAGAGAUUAAUUGACCUUCUUUAUCUCUCAACUGCCCUCGAGCGAAACUUUGCAGUUGCGUCGCGUUACUUUACUUUGUAUCGAACGUUUUCAACGCAGUCGAUACUGACACCGAAAAGACUCGGCGAAACUGUCCCGAGAACGAUAAAUAUCUGGAUAUUGAGAAAAAGUCAGUAUGUCGAUAUGAUCUUAACGAGUUUGCUGAGGAAUCGAUUCCAAGGUGGAGAACCUUUUAUCAUGCUGAUUAUUUUGUGAAAGGACAAAGACAAGAUUGACAGAAAGAUAUAAAAGAAAUUUGAUUAAGCUUCACAGGAUUAGAAAACAAACUUAUCAAAAAUUGCUUGCCAUGAGCGCUUAAUAUUCACGCUACGCUCGCAGUGAUACAAGUAAAGGAUUUACCGUACGAUGAAUCAAUUUGAUAUUAUGGCGCUUUAUCAGGCCAUUUUGGUGGAUGCGAGUACCUCGCGGAUUUUCUGGCAAGCGGCCGGUCACCACUAAAAUCUAUGUGCAUAACGCAGCCUGACCGUAAUUAGCUCGCUUCGUUGCGUUUUACGAGUGCGGUAAUGUCACUUGAUUAUACGGCCACUUAGAAUAUUAAACGAUAAAGCAUGGCCGAACGCAUUGCCGGCGCCGAUAGCCGUUCAGCCCGUUUAAUUCACCCUGCACGUCGCUUAAACCUUAUUACGUGCGUGCAUAAGCGAUCACGUACGCCUGUUAAUAAAUUUCUGUUCGUAUGCCGUGAGCAGGCUCAGAAUCGGUAUUUUCCUAACCGCGAGCUACCGGCGUAAUUGCGCGGAUAAUAAUCAACGCUCAUGAGCCGGAAGAAAGGAGAAAAGGGAGCAGAACUGCAGGGAAUGCACUAGAUCAUGCUUGAUAUGCCACGAUUAAUUUAUGAUGCUUUGCUUGGCGCGCCGACCAAAGUAUUUUCACGUAAAACGGGCGAAACUUUAAGGCCGUUUACACGGGCAAAUUAAGCAGCGCUAUAAACCGUCGUAUGAUAUCUCUCUCUUGUCGCUCACCAUCAAAUUCAGCGGUCAAAAAUUCAACCGAAACUUUUUAUUAUCGUUUGCCGAAUUUUGGCUUGAAAAAUUUAAUUAAAAUUCUAUUAUCGCACACUUUUGAUUUCAAAUGGGAAUGUCAAAAGUGCAUUUACAUACACGUCCAUAGAAACAAAAUGAUGAAACAUCAAAAUCGCAUCACGUGAUGCGUUUUAGCAAUUUUUGAAUCAUGCGUACGCUUUUUGAUAACGCAGUUUCACGUUUAAUAAGAUCCACGUUGUUUCCAUUUUCUCUAUUUCAUUUACGAUGGAACAUGCAACUUCGUUUCGAAUACCGCGGCAAUAUCGGCAACAAACCGAUCGUAACAAAUAGCGUAAACUGCGAAUACAGGUACAGUAUAUACUGGCAUUACCGACGUUUGGCGGUGUCCACACAUUAUUGCCUUUUAGAUAGCGCAUCGAGGUUGUCUGUGUUGUCUGCAUGACAUCGUUGUUAACCGCAUUGCGAAUUUGUUGCCAUCGUGCAAUAUCCACAAUCGGUUUAGUUAUUAGCGUCGCGAAUUUAAAUCGCGUGACGUUACACGCGUAAACCAGUCAUUUUUACCAGCGCCUUUUUCUCUCAAAUAUUCGACAUUGUUGUUGUCUUGUUCGCUCACAUAUAUAUACAUGCCGCGAUAGAGCUAGGGAAAAGGGCACCAGUUUACAUCGAAGAUGCGCUUUGCAUUUCCAAUUAGGCGAAACUAACAAGCAAUGAUAACGCGAAUUAAUUCCGUCGCACGGAGAACGAGAGGCACGCUGCCCUAAUUUGGCUAAAAGAACAAGAUCGUUGUACACGAUUCUCUUUAUAUUUAAUCCUUCACAUUAUUUCUAUAAUAUAUUUAAUCUUUCCGACGACGCUUCUCCUCGAUAGUAAGCAAUUAUCUGAUUAUUCAAAUUUUCUACGUCGCAAUUUUUCGCAUAUCAGAUCUCAAUCCAUAUUACGAUUGGAGAGACGAAGCGGAGAGAUGAUAAUGGCGCGCUAGAGGGUUGAAAUUGCCGGUACCUUCUGUGUGUGGUCAAUUAAAAAACGGGAUAGUCAGGCGGGCGCGCGCACACGAGGAGUUAAAAAUCUUGAAAUUAUAAGCGCCCCGACCGGUGUGGCCGAAGUGAAAAACCGUCGUGAUUCAACGCGGCGUGAAAUUAAGUGGUUUCGCGGAGAUUAAUGCCGGCCGAUUACAGCUGAAAAUACGUUCUCGAGCAACGGCCGACAUGCCCGUUCGCCGCGUAAUUGUAUUCCUUUUUUAUUAUGCAAAUGCUGGGCUCGCGUGCAGAUAUCGCCGGGCUUUGCAACGGGUCGCGUGCGUAUUUCUUUGUGCAACAUAUCGUCCGCCGUUAUUAGCGGCGAGAGCUUAUCGCACCGCGUAUGAUUGCAUAACGAUUCCGACUUUCGAGCUUAUUGCGCGCCAUGUACCCCUGUCCGCCGCCGUGAUAACGGCCUGACGAUCAAUCACUACGUUAAUGUUCUCGCGUAUCGCCGCCGUCCUACCAUCUCCCUUUUUCCCUUUGCUCGCUUGUACGAUGACUAAUUCGCACACUCCACUCCCGGAGUUGUGAAAAAAGGCGGUUGCACCUUUGCGGCGGUUGAUACCAGGUGCGAGUGCAAUCGGCCGGUAAGCGAUGUAUUAUUCAACGGUCGGCUUUUUUUCAUCCGCCAAGAAAGUAAUGCCUAUCGUAAAACUGACUGAUUGGGAGACAAGGAGAACCGCGCCGAGAAUACUCGCUGAUAAAGCUCGAGGAAAGCUGUGUAAAAUAUAAAAAGGAAAAAGCAACGUAUUCGCGUAUCCUCGUUUUAUAUAUUGUGUAGAUGCGAUUGUAACGCGGCGACUUGACGUCGCGUUCCGUUUUAAAGCCGAACGACUACCACACCGCGCUAUUAGUAUUUGUGGCACUUUUUCACGUUUUACUUUUUCCCCCUUGUCGUGCAAUCGUUUGAUGUUUCUCGCUCGCGAUUUCCUAUGUACGUAUGUACAUAAUCUCGACGGAAAAGCAAUGUUUUUAAAUAAUAAAAGCAGUUGCUGCUUAAAUAUGCGCGCAUAAAACCGUAUUCAACAUGUAUCAUAUUUUGAACUAAUAUGUCACUUUUAGUCACUGAGAGUUGACACAUUGUGAUUAUUGAAUCUAUAAAUUUGAAGGAUAUGAAUCGUUGUGAAUCGAAGCAACAUUCACACAUAAAAUAGUCAUACAUUUUUUAAGAUGUAUUUUAUGUGUGAAAGUUGCUUCGAUUCAACGAUGGAAACAAAUGACCGAAUGACGAUGGGUUCUUUGACAGCGAACGCGAAGUAAAUUUUUCGUGUCACAUUACGGGAUUCCAGUUUUAUUUACGAUUAUAUUUCCGUCAAAUUGUGGGUGUGAUUUGCAUGCACCUCAAACAACCAACGUAAAAAUGGCGGGCAAAGACACGAAGAUUGUACGGAAAAGGGGGAAAAAGGCGAAACCCAUGAAAAUCGCUGCUUUGGUUGUAUCCGCCAUACAGGAUCUUCGUGAAACCAAAGGCUCUACGCCCAAAAAGAUCACAGGAUACAUUAGUUAUGCCUCGAGCUUGCCCGAGGAAAGCGUUAAGCGACGAGUGAAGGCGGCUUUGAAACGGGGCGUGGAGUAUGGUAUUCUGCGAAGAUACCGCGGCCACUAUUUUCUACCGACCGGCGAUGAAUUGGACCGUGCGAAUCGUAUCGCCGGGCGAUUCGCGGGAUUGUCCGUAUCCGCGUCGCUGCUUGCCAAGUCGAAAACGACCAUCGGUCUCGACCGCAAGAUCAGCAAUGGUAGAAGACCUCGAGAAAUCGGUAACAGAACGCGAAGGAGUAAAAAAGUUCGAAAGGCCCCCAUCGCCAGCAGUCCCCCCAUCUCAGCCAGUUCCAGCUGGACGGACAGAAUCAACAUCGACGACAUCGAGUCCGUGAUGGAAUGAGACUAUGCAUAAUCCGUUCAGUUUCAGAAAAAUAUUUGCUUGCCUGAUAUGCCAUUCAAAUGUGUAUUCCAUCCGCGUAAUGUUUGUCCAAUCGCGAAUGACUAUUUAUUUCUCAUCAUCAUUGAUAAAUCGUAUGUAGUUAUACUUGUACAAAUAUAGUUAAGGUAAGCUGAUCUGAAACUUUACACCAGGUUUUCAAGAUUAAUAUUUGCACGUUUUAAAUGUAAAGAUGUAUCAUGUAGUAUAUAAUAAUAGAAAAUGCACAUAUUAGAUAAAUAUAAUAGGUAUCUUUGCGUUCGUUCGAUUGUAAAAAUCAGUGAUAUCCUUGAAUAUUAGAAGAAUAUAAAAGAUGGGAAAUUCAUUGUCAUCGAGAGAUCUUAAUAUCCUUCAGCAUUAGUAGAACAGGCGACUGGCAGAGAUGAUUGUGGAAUCGAGCUUGUUUCCCAUUAUGAUAUAUCGACUUACCUGCGCCUUGGUCCGAUGUCCCGCCGAUUCCGCUCGUCUGCAUCGCGGCAGAAUUAAGUGAAAUGAAGAACGAGGUUCUCUUUUUUCGUAAAUUGCAUCGGGAGGCGAGACGACCAUUUAUAAAAGUUAGGAGCUUCUUACCCGGGCCGAUAAACUUAAUAGCUUCAGAAAUUUACGGGGUUUGGCAUGCUGAGGAGAAAAUUUUGCGCGCCUCUGUUUUCUCGCGAUCGAUCGUCCGCUACUUCCUCCUCGUUUUAUUGGGUACAUCCGCGCCAUUACGCCCGCGAAAUAAUUUUGUUCUCACUCCACCUUCUCUUUCGCGUCUCUUUCUCUUUCCUUCGACCGCUCUUUUUCUCUCGUUUCCAUGUGUACGCGUCUUGCGGUGCAAUAUCUUCGAUGGAACAUAUUUACGGCGCCGUGACGGCGGGUUUAACGGCAGCUUGUGUAAGUUACGUUCCACGUGACUAUGUGAGAAAAAGCAAUACGAAUCGUAAAAAACGGUCAGGACUCGUCGACGAUGAAAACGCGAUAAUGUAACGGUGGCGUAGUAUGCUGAAUAGAAAAUCCGAUAAUUAUAGAUGCACGGCGUUCGGCUCACGUCGCAAUAUGACGUCGUGUUCGCGCUGCAGCUACCUGAUAGCGUUUGGAUUAAUUUGACGACGGAAUCGAAUAACUGCGUAAUUACGUUCGCGCAUAAAACGGCGAAGUGCAUCAUUUACGCGCAGAAUCUUCACGGACUUCGGGGAAACUCGCUUAUUAUGCGCCGUUAGUCGAACUUCAAAUAGAACUGUGCAUAUGCCGAAACAGGUACUAAAACAGGCGCUGAAUAGUUGGAAUAGCGCGAGCGCUGCUAAGUUGCGAAAGUGUAACGUGCAUAGUAAGUUAGUAACUUACGUAAUUUUAGGAAUGCAGUAAAUAAGACGUGAAACUGUUUAUUUUCUGGUCCGUCUCUCGUCAACGAAUUUUAUUCGCUGGCGAACAUUUUUUUGUGCGCGGCUCCUCGGUUUUUCUUCGCAAUACAUACGCGCGCGACUUGUAUCGGUUUCCUCUGGAAUUUCGGAAGCAAACAGCAACUGCAGUCGGUGUUUCGCGAAUUCGUUUCGAGGCGACUGGUCUGGAAUUCCAGUGGGAUCCGAUUAAAUUCCGUGAGAGAAAUGGUUUUAGUCCCGGCGGCCUAUAAUCUCGCAAGCAUGCUCGGGCUAUGAACAACGGGCGUCCUGGGACAAUUCGGAUCCGUUUAAAUGAUAAUUCGAAAAGCUAGUUGGCACUCGCAGCCUCUCGCCGUAUCGGUAGCGACCCAUGUAACGGCGGCUGUGAAUCGCGCAAACCCUGGGAGGAUCCCAUUUAUUAUAACACGCCCCUUCGUGGAUUAGUUGCGUGCGGUAAACUAAUACGCUAAGUUGAAAAGUAUUUCAUGCGCGCAUUACGAUUUGAUUAAUUUGCUAAACACGACAGGCUGUAACCGCACGCCCAAACCGAAACUGAAUAUUCUAUUCAUUUGUGUAAUCCAAUUCUCGAUCCAAUUGAGAAUCCAUCUUAUCCCUACUUAACGCUCGCCGUUAAAUCGACUUUCUCACAUGCUCUCGAAUCUCGAACAUCUGUUCUAUCAUUAAUGUAAUGAAUCUUGGGAAAUCUCAAAAUUCCACUGAUUGAGAGUGGUUUAGCGCACGCGGAAUACGGAGAAGCGGUGUGCCAAUAAUUCCAUUAACGUGUAAUUUUCUGCAGCUCAAUUGAGGAUACGAAGCUAUUAACAAAUUUCGCUUAUACGAUCGGUCGCGGUCGGGGAAAUACGUGGCGAUCGCGGAAACGCAGUUCGGGAGAUUGAGUUUUCACGCGGAAGAAGGAAAGGAGGGUGCGCGUGCACUCGCACGCGUGGAAAGCAAUUCAUUGGAGCUUCAUGGAGAUGCUAUAAUUGUAAGUUGCGCGAGUUGGUCGUAUCAAGGAGCUCGGUUGAAUGCCGUUACUUCGAAUACUGUCGAGCUUGGCGGUUCCGCAACUGCAAUUGCGUGGCUCGCACUGAGCAAUGCAAUUCCGACUGACCUCGCGUUUCUGUUGCAUGCGGGGGUGAGAGGGUAAGGCAGAAAGAGGAAGAGCGAACGAUGUCGUUCCUUCGUGUCUGGGAAACCUGAGAAUAGAGAACGCGAGCAGUUGUGGCGAGAGCUACGAAGGUAGUCUUGAAAGUGGCGGGUUAUACCGACGAUUGCUUGAAUUAAUCGUUUUCCUCGGAAACAUGUUUAUCCCGGGAUUGCUCAUGAAACACAAAUUAAAUUUUUUUGCGCCAUCGUAGAACGUCUUCGGCCACGUGAGUUUCCUAGGGUGAUUGUGCUGUAACUGUUACAGUGUAACACUAUAAAUUUGUCCUCCUCAACACCAACGUGAUCCGAGCGGGAAACGUAGUCUCUAUUAAGACAGAUGAUGGAAUCUAUCAUUCCGCCUUAAAAUACUGGAAUCAAAUAAGACGCACUUUUAUCCGACCCAACGGACAAGCAAAGGAGAUUGAAAUUCGCGGCCUAGGUCCAACCUGCGAACCGGCGGAAUUGGAGCCGAAUUAACAUGUAGGAUGCGUAACGCAUGCGCAAAUUAUUGUAACGGAUCCUAUGCUCUACCUGGCCCGAUGCUCGGAAGGAGAAAAUAGCACGAAGAGACGUCACUCGAAGGAAGGCUGCGUUGUAGUGCACGUCUGUAAAUUCCUGGAGUCAUCCCCCAAGUAGUCAGAUCGCUGCUAAUAUUAUAGUUAACGAUAAUACGAUUGUAUUAUAACAGCGAGUAACAAGUUAUGUGAACGAAAUAACGAAAUUGAUAUUGAUAACGAAACUGUCAGAGAAGAAGUUUUCCAUCGUCUACGAUUGGUAAAUAUUAAUAAACUUAUAUUAUUUAGUCUGAAACAUAAAAGUUUUGUCUUUAUUCCAUAUUUUUCAUAAAGAAUCAUAUUCGAGGGUCCAACUAUCCAUCCCUGAGAUAUCACCGAAGAGAUACCCCCUUAACUCUUUACUAUAAAAAUUUAUAAAAAUUAGUUGGCACCCAAUAUAUGUAGUUUAUUAUUAUAUCAAAAUUAGAGCCCUGGCAACUACGGACCCGGCCGCGCCAGGUGAAGGCUACUAUAAAAGAAAAAAA